AUCAUCCCAUCCAUCAAAUACUUCACAACCAAAACAAUUCAAGUACUCUACUUUCUCUCUAAAAUGGUGAAUCAAGCUUCUUCAACUCUUUUGUCUAAAAUGGCAAGAAGCAAUGGGCAUGGAGAAGAAUCUCAUUACUUCGAUGGUUGGAAAGCUUAUGAAAGUGAUCCUUAUCACUCUGUUUCAAAUCCCAAUGGUGUUAUUCAAAUGGGUCUUGCAGAAAACCAGCUUUGCUUUGAUUCGAUACAAGAAUGGAUUAUUAAAAACCCACAAGCUUCUAUUUGCUCUGCCGAAGGAUUACACGAUUUCAAAGAUGUAGCUAUUUAUCAAGACUACCAUGGAUUGCCGGAGUUCAGAAAUGCGGUGGCGAAAUUUAUGACUAGGGUAAGAGGUGGAAAAGUUGAAUUCGAACCGGACAGGGUGGUUAUGAGCGGAGGAGCCACCGGAGCUCAAGAAACAUUAGCUUUCUGUUUGGCUGAUUCCGGCGACGCCUUCUUAGUUCCGACACCUUAUUAUCCUGGGUUUGAUCGGGAUUUGAGGUGGAGAACAGGAAUUCAAUUAAUUCCAGUAACAACAAAAAGCUCAAAUGGUUUCAAACCGGAUGUUGAAACGCUACAAUCCGCUUACGAUAAAGCGACGGCUGAAAAGAUUUCAGUCAAGGGUUUGCUUUUAACAAACCCAUCAAACCCAUUAGGAACAGUUCUUGAUAAAGAAAGUCUAAGAUCCAUCCUCCGUUUCGCUCAGUCCAACAACAUUCAUCUCAUCUGCGACGAGAUCUACGCCGGAACCGUUUCGGGUUUCCCUGAUUUCAUAAGCAUAUCUGAAAUCAUCGAAGAAGAGAAACAACAUACGAAUCGUAAUCUAAUCCAUAUUAUCUAUAGUCUAUCAAAGGAUCUAGGAUUCCCCGGAUUCAGAGUCGGGAUUAUCUAUUCGUAUAACGAUGAAGUGGUGAAUUGCGCUAGAAAAAUGUCUAGUUUCGGACUUGUGUCAACUCAGACUCAACGACUGGUCGCGACCAUGUUAGCCGACGACGAAUUCGUGAACGAAUUCCUGGAAAGAAGUGCGAAUCGGUUAGAUAAGAGGAGGAAAGUGUUCGCGGAGGAAUUGGCGAAAUUGGGGAUCGGGAGUUUGAAAGGGAAUGCGGGUUUAUUCUUAUGGAUGGAUUUACGUGGGUUUCUGGAUGAACAGAGUGUUGAAGCAGAGGCUAAACUAUGGAGGGUGAUUAUAAAUCAAGUGAAGCUGAAUGUUUCGCCCGGAUCUUCGUUUCACUGUUCUGAACCUGGUUGGUUCAGGGUUUGUAUUGCGAACAUGGAUGAUGAAACUGUGAAUGCUUCUCUUACACGAAUUGAGAAUUUCGUGGCGCAUUCAAUGGCGGCGAGGAAGAGGAAGAGCCUCCGUUUGCAGAAGAAUUUGCAAGUAAGUUUGUCUUUCAAGAGAUUACAGCAGCAGGAAGCUUUGACCAUGUCACCUCAUUCUCCAAUUUCUUCACCUCUGGUUCGAGCCAGGACUUAAUAUCACUUCUUCUUCUAUCUUAUCUUGAAAUUGUACAAUUUAUUAUUUAACAUGUUUGUUUAAAUCAUUUCUAAUUUCCACAAUUUGUAAUAAAUAAUAAAAU